AUGCGUCUCUUUCUCAUUCGCCAUGGAGAGACAGUUGACAACGUCGCUGGUCUCUUUGCGGGCUCCCGCGACUCAGCCUUGACUGCGCACGGCGUUUUGCAAGCUCAGCAGCUAGCAUCUCACUUUGCUAAGCAUGUCACCAUUGAUCGCAUCUUCUCGUCCAACCUCAGUCGCGCGGUGCAUACCGCCCAGUCUCUCAUCGACGCGCAGAAACGCGCAAAGGAUCUAAAUUUGGUCCAGGUUGUUGAGCUGAGGGAGAAGGAUUUUGGUACGGGCGAGGGAACCAAGUUCGGGUCGGCGAAGCACGAGGGCUCUGAAACACCACAAGCGAUGAGGAAGAGGAUUGAUAUUUUCUUGGAUGAGCACUUGCUUCGUCUGCACGAAGAUUCAACUGUCUGCAUCGUCGCCCAUGGUAUCAUUCUCGGUUCUCUCUUCAAGGCACUCCGGGACAGGGUCUCUUCCACGUCCACUGGUUCAGAUUCUGCACCGGACGGCCAGGCAGGCUCUGAUUUUGUACGACCUACUUGGAGCAACACCGGCUACGUGGAGGCCAUCGUCACAAGCGACCUGUCAGCCAACGAUCAGCGACUGCAGAUGCGCGUCGUGAAGAUCAACAGCGUCGAACACCUCAAAGGUCUGAAAAAGACCCGAGGAGGAAUUGGCAGUGCCAAGUUCGACGCCAAACAAAAAACGAUGACCUCUUUCUUCAAGCCCACGUCGCGAAAGCGCAAGCUUGAAGAGGAGGACAUUGUUCCUCCAUAA